CUCGUGAAGAGCGGACGAGGUUUUAGUUAAGAAAAGAUAACGCGAAUUAUAUUUCGUAUUAAAAUAAUAAAAUACUAUAUCCAGGUCUUUUAAAAUAAAUCUUUAGUUAUAAUAAAAAGUAUUGAACUACUUAAAUUUAAAACGAAGAAUAAUAUAAUGGUUUUGAAAUAAAAUAUAAAGCGAUUUGCAAUAAGCAAUUCAACUAAAAUAUUUUAAAUAAAAAUCUCUUCAUAAAAUAAUUAUACAACUAAAAUGUCUCACGAUAACGACCCUAGUUCCUCAGAGAGGAGUUUAGAAAGACUAAACGAAGUCAAAGCUUUCAUUGAAGCCAGCAAACGAAGUGCCGAGAAGUUAGAUGAGAUGCAGGAUGCUGAAAAAAACUUGGGGAAGCUCAAUGAAGUCGUAUUCGAAGAUGCCUUCGAGAUAACCGGUCACGGAAAGUUCAACCAUCUGGUACUGUUAACCUGCGGAAUGAUAAUGCUGAACGUGUCUAUGGAGUCUGUCGGGAUGAGCUACGUUAUAACAGCCGCUGAGUGCGAGCUGGGGCUGACCAGCGAACACAAGGGGCUGGUGAAUGCUGCUGCUUUUAUUGGCAUAAUAAGUACGUCUUUCUUGUGGGGCUACCUCGGAGACAGAUGUGGUAGACGAGCUGUGAUGUUACCCGCAAUGGUGGUAUCGGCAGCCUUCUCUAUAGCAUCGUCCUUUUCCACCAACGUUUGGAUGCUGUUGAUCUUGAGAUUCUUCACUGGUUGUUUGGUGUCAGCCUCAAGUGCUACGGUGUACGCGUAUUUAGGCGAGAUGCACACAAGCUCACGUCGUGCAGCAGCCAUCGCGUGGGGAUCCGCUUUCAUCUCUUUCUCAUUCAUGAUAUUACCAGGUUUAGCAUGGCUGAUAAUACCCGGGAAGUGGUCGUUUAUGUUAUUCGGGUUUAAAAUGGUACCUUGGCGCGUUUUCAUCUGGUCGUGGUGCGCUCCGGGGCUGAUAGCAGCGAUAGCCUUGCUGUGGCUACCGGAGAGUCCCAGGUACCUCCUCGCCUCGUCUGGACCCGACAAAGCCUUGCCCAUUCUUGCCAAAAUGUACGCAUACAACAAAAAUACCAGAGAAGCUAACUAUCCGGUUGAAAAAAUAGUAACAGGCAGUCUAGACACUUCGAAGUCAGGAGGUUUCGUGGGCGCGAUAAAGAAUAUUUCAUUACUCUUCCGCCCCCCUCUACUACGAUGUGUGGUUAUUUCGCAUACAUUGAUGUUUGCUAUUUUCAUGCUGUCCAGUGGCCUUUACGUCUGGGUGCCGGAUAUCCUGAACAGUAUGCUUCGAAGCACAAGCGGCGACAGCAUCACAAUCUGUCAGAUCAUACACGAGAAAUUCCAGACCGUUAGGAACUUAACAUUAUCCACGACAAAAGGGUCAUGUCACUCCGAGGUAGCGGUGCGCGUGUUCCCGAUAUCAAUGGGGAUGGGGGCGGUGUUCGCUGUCACGUAUCUCGCGAUCGGCGUCUUCAUUGGCAGAAUUGGGAGGAAGACGUUAUACUCAAGUAUAAUGAUGGUUUGUGGAUUCGCCACGGUGGGAGCAGCGUUUGUCCCCCAAGGGGGAGCGGCUACAGCUCUGCUGAUCCUAGCUCUGUGCUCCGGUUGUGCCGCCUCUAUAUUAGCUGCUAUUGCUGUUGACGUCUUCCCCACAUGUUUGAGAGCGAUGGCCAUGUGCGUGAUGUAUAUGGUUGGCCGGACUGGCGCGGCAGUUGGAUCGAACUUGUUGGGUGCAACAUUGGAUAUGCAUUGCCAACUCGCCUUCUCUGUGUUCGGAGUCUUUUCUGCAGGCUCUACGCUUCUUAUAAUGUUUUGGCCGAGGCCCGAAGUAAUAAGAGAAGAAAUGGAGCAGAGAGGGUUAUCAUACUGAUAGAUGUUGAGAUUAAGUAAUCUCAGAACUAUCUUUACACGCUGGAGUCCUAAACCAUUUACGUCUACAUGAGACUGAUUAUUAUUACAUAAACGUAAUUGUGAUUUUUUAUUUCGUUAUAGUAUAAUAAAAUAUUAUGGUUA